AUGACGACGACGGCGGGCGGGCGCCGCCUCCUGGAGCACUGCUUCACGCAGUUCGGCGCGACGUCGGAGACUGGCCACGAAGACGCGAACCAUACGCACUCGGGCGCGAGCGACUGGGAGGCGACGCACAGCGUGCACGUGGACCCGUACACCGUCCGCCUCCUGUACUGGACCGCGCACGUCCUCUUCGCCGCGCUGAUGCUCAUCCUCAUGCUCCGCCUGUGGCCGCCGCCGGACCGCGUGUUCCCGCGGAAGCGGCCCGUGUGCCGAUGCCUCCCGUGGUGCUGCGCGGGGAGGAUGCUCGGAUACGGCGUCAUCGACUGGCACGAAGGGCGCCUCACGCCGUUCGUCCGGUACUUCAAAGAGCGGCACGACCUCCUGUCGCUCUACUUCGGCGACUACGACUUCAUCACGUUUCGAUGUCGGCUCACGCACUUCGCCGCGGGCAUCGUGUGCACGGCGGCGCUCUCCAUGGGGCUCACGGACCUCGCGACGUCGCAGAUCACCGGGGACUUUUGGACACACCAGAUAUGGGUGUUUCUCGCGCUGUUCGUGUACGACAUCGUGCUGGGCAUCGCGCUGCGCGUCAGCGCGGUGGGCACGUCCGAACGCGCCGUCGCCGCGACGGAUUCCAACGCGCGGAAAAAAUACGAGUGGAAAUACUUUGGCGCGUGCGCGCUGUUUUCGCUCGCGUGCGUGUUCAUAAGCGUCAUGUUCGUGCACGUCAUGGACGAGGCCGGCGGGUGCGGCGACGGGUUUAACACGUUCCUGGCGUACAUGUACAUCUUCGGUCUGUACGAGAUGUUCGGCUGGUUGCUUCUGCACCCGGCGGUGAUCACGUUUCGAUGGGUCUUGGGUCGGGUGUUGCUUCGCGUGGGGACGGACGCGGAGGACGACGACGAGACGAUGGACUGCUGCUGGAAGAAGUGUCCGGGCGGGGAGAAGGCGUGCGCGUGCCGGCCGCAGCCGAGCGCGCCGGUGCACGCGUUCUUGCUCGCGUCGUGCAGCGUCGGUCGAUCCUCGUCCGCGUCCGCGUCCAAUCGCGGCGGCGGCGACGGCGGCGGCGGCGGCGACGACUUUUCGUUCCGCGGCGGCGUCACGCCGAGGGCGAGCGAUGGCGCCGCGCACUGGGACGAGGAGCUAGGGAGCCCGCGGAGCGGGUCCGUCGUGUCCGACGGCAUGGAGCGCGCGCUGGGGACGUCGCGGGUGUUAUUCUGGCGAAGAAACGCGGCGGCGCGGCAAAAAGAAAAAGCCGAAGACGCGGUGCGCGCCGCCGUGCGCGCGAAGAAAGAGGCGGAGACGCUGCGCACGGAGCUCGCGGACGCGAUCGCCGCGGAGACCGAGGCGGCGGCCGCGCAGGCGCAGGCCGAGGCCGCGGUCGCGGAGGCGAGAGCGCUCGCCGCGGAGGCGAAAGCGCUCAGAGCGCUGAUGCCCGCGCGCAGGAAAAACGCGCCGCCGAUCGAGCUCACGCCGCCGUCGCCGCAACGGUUCGCGGGCGGCGGCGGCGGCGGCAGCGGCCGGUCGUCGCGCGGUGCCCGCGCGCGGUCGCCGUUCGUGCGGAGCGGGAGCGUGAGCACCGACGGCGGCAGGACGCCGCGCGGUGCGGUGCGGCGGAUGUGGGACCGGUUCAGGAGCAGCCCGACGCCCGGGUCGACGGGGAGCCCUUCGAGCGGCGGACGGCGCGCGGCGCCGGCGCCGGCGUCGGCGACGCCGAAGACGCCGAAGACGCCGCUCGGGGGGACGCCGACGUUGGUCGACCGCGAGGUUGUAGACCCGGAGAAGCUCGAGAUUCAGUGGGAAGAGACGGAGGGUGGGGAUCACGGCGGGGGGGAGAGGGAUUCGCCGGACUCGCCGCUGCCGGCGAACGCGUCGAGACGGUUUCGAAAACGCCGCGACGAGGACGAAGAAGAGUCGCCGUGA